GAAGCAUAUACAGAAUGGAUGGAAAGAGAAAUUCAACUUGAUGUAUAGUGUAAGAGAAGACAUUUAUUAUGUAAUGCUGUUCAUAUACCAAUACCAAAUAGUACAAUAAAAGCUUCACUCAAAAGCUAACAAUAAAUUCCACAUCAUCUUUUAUUCAAUGCUAUACUUAACCAUAUUUUGCACAACCUAGCAAGAAAACCCCAUCAAAAAGUUCUUUCAAAAAUGGGCAACAUUUGGUUUUUGGUUUUUCUCCUUCACAAAAUCAUUGUCACUGAAGCUGCAAUGAGUGUAGGUGGUGGUGUUGGUAUGGGGGUAGGUGUUGGUGGUGGGGUGGGGGGUGGGGGCGUUUGGAUUGGUGGAGGAAUUAACAGCCCAAGUCCUACUUCUUCUGAUAUUAACAAAGCUUACACUGCUCUUCAAACAUGGAAAUCAGCAAUUACAGAUGACCCUUUGGGAAUCUUGAAUAGUUGGGUUGGUACAAAUGUUUGUGCUUAUAAAGGAAUCUUUUGUUCAGAAUCUCAAGAUUAUAUGGGCAACCCAACUUCAGUUGUUGCAGGUAUUGAUCUAAACCAUGCAAAUUUACAAGGCAUUCUUGUUAAAGAACUGUCCUUUUUAGCAGAAAUGUCCAUUUUUCAUCUCAACAGUAACAGAUUUUCAGGGCCAAUUCCACAAAGUUUUAGAGACCUUACUUCUCUUACUGAGUUAGACCUCAGUAAUAACCAUUUUUCUGGUACAUUUCCUACUGCUGUUUUACUCAUCCCAAAUCUUCUUUAUUUAGACCUCAGAUUUAACAGUUUCUCAGGGCCAAUUCCAGAGGAUCUUUUCAACAAAAAACUUGAUGCUAUUUUUCUUAAUAACAACCAGUUUGAUGGUGAACUUCCUCAGAAUUUAGGGAAUUCUCCAUCUUCAGUUAUUAAUCUGGCUAAUAACAAGUUUACUGGAAACAUUCCAUUUAGUUUGGGGUACAUGGGUCCAAGAAUUAAGGAGAUUUUGUUCCUAAAUAACCAGUUAACUGGUUGUAUUCCAGAAGGGGUUGGUAUGUGGACAGAUUUACAAGUGUUGGAUGUGAGUUUCAAUUCAUUAAUGGGACAUUUGCCUGAUACACUUUCUUGUUUGAGUGGCAUUGAAGUACUCAACUUAGCACACAACAAGCUUUCUGGGGAUUUACCAGACUUGGUUUGUUCAUUGAGAAGUCUUAUCAAUUUGACUCUUACUUACAAUUUCUUCUCUGGUUUGAGCCAAGAUUGUGACAAACUUCCCUAUAGGAAUGUGGGGUUUGAUUUCUCAUUGAAUUGUAUUCCAGGUAAGCAAAUGCAAAGGCCACAACCAGAGUGUUCUCUCAUUCCUGGUGGUAGUCUUAGUUGUUUCAGAAUACCUUCAGCUAAGCCUCUUGUUUGUGGAUCAAUAAUUAGUGAAGAAGAAACUGUUUCAACACCUCCUUCUCAUUGAUUUUGAUUUUUAUAAAAUUUAACUUUUUUUUCUUAAUUUGGGAUUUUGGAAGUGAAAGCUGGGCACUCUGACCAAUAUUCUUUAUGUUUGUUGGAUAACAGGCUAGUAUGUGCUGGCUGUUUUUCAUUAUAACAUAGAGAAGUUAUGACUUGUAGCUACAAAUUUAUUGCUCAAAGUCAAGUAAUUAAUAGUUUGGAUA